AUGCUUCGACUAGAACCAUUCACCGAGCGCAUCAGGCAUAAAAGGCAGGACAGGGAUGUGCAGCCACUUUGCAUACCGUUCUACAUUGGGGUAGAAGACCCCUUGACGGAUCUUCAGUCUUUCCAGUCUGUCGUGGGACGUAAUGGUCUUAGUGACGAGGGGCAAUGCCUACUGUUCCCAUAUGCGCUUACCUAA